AUGGCUGCAUGGAGGGUUCUAGGGGAGACAAUGAAGGAGUUGAAUUUUUCGCCAUUUUUGUAUGAAUUUGAGAGCUACAAUUCCCCUCGAAGAGAUUUUGCUUAUUUGGCAGGAUUUGAAGAAAGGGUUCUGAAAAUCGAAGGAAUAAUUGUCAAUCUGCCCGCAUCCGUUUCUGGUGCAGAGGAAGAAGCGGCUCUUAGAGCUGGAGUCCUUAAGCAUGGCCCUGGAAAAUGGCGUACAAUUCUUAAAGACCCAGAAUUCAGUGGCGUUUUGUGUUCAAGAUCCAACCUUGAUCUCAAGGAUAAGUGGAGAAACAUUCGUGGAUUUGAAGAAAGGGGCUUUUCAAUUCUGAAAAUCGAAGGAAUAAUUGUCAAUCUGCCCGUAUCCGUUUCUGGUGCAGAGGAAGAAGCGGCUCUUAAAGCUGGAGUCCUUAAGCAUGGCCCUGGAAAGUGGCAUACUGCUUAG